AUGGCUCAGCUUAUUACAACUCAAGCACGCCAUCCAAAGAACUUGACCUCGAAAUCAAUUUCUCGUGUCAAUAAACUACCGAGUAUUGACCGUAAAAAGCAAGACAGCUAUCCCUAUCAUUUAGAACGACUUCCUAAUUUUCAUACAAGUCUUUAUUUGGAUGCUUCAGAAACCGGUGAUAAGACAGCAAGACCUUUUGAAAAUCUCGUGCAUGAGCAAAUCAAUGGAAGAUUGUAUCAACGCGAGCAUCCAUCUGUUACUAGCAGCACAGUUCAUUAUAGUGUAGCUCCGAGUGGUGUUUUACACUCCAAUGAAUAUCAGACUGAGUCUCAAAACUAUUUUUCUGAUCAAAAUUGUGCAUCAUUUCUAUCCAAUGUAAGCUCUGAGUUCGGUAGCCAGUAUGGAUCAUCGACGAUACACGGACUAUAUCAGAGUUCAUCUGGUACAAACUAUCAACAACCCACAGACAAUCAAUUCGGGCAAAAUCCGACGACAUCAACAUACGAAGCUUAUACCAGUGAUCCAUUCUUCAAAUCUCAUAGUUGUUCAUCUCUUUACGACAAACGUUCACUUGAUAUAAUUAAUUGGGAUCGUACGCAACCACGGAAUCUUGAAUAUUAUCGGAAACCUAUCGAUAAUAUUACACCUUCAUCAUCGCUUGCAAAACCAAUCUCCACGUACACUGAAUCUUUUGGAAAGUAUAAGUCACAAACUUCGAAUACGGCUCUUCGGGCUGAGCAACCCAAAUAUUCAAGCAGUUUUUUAACAAGAAAUCCCCGUUGGAUUCGAACCAAUCCUAUACCUAAUGACGAUCUAACUGACAAUCCCUACCUGACCACAACAGCUGACGUUUACAAAGCGCUUCCUAUCGAUUAUCUAUCUCCUCGUCAUUCAAGUAUACAUGGUAUUUUCUCAAAAUCCAUCAGUAAUAUCAUGCCAUACAAUCCCUACAACCCCGUGCAUCAUACAAGCGAAACAACGAACGGUUCACUGGAUUCUCGACCGCAUCUGGUUCUUCGACAAUUACCUAGAAUAAAGCUACCACCAGUCGUACGCCCUAAACCAGCAGUCGAACCUGCAGCUGAAAAUGAACGUAAAGCUUAA